AUGCUUCAUCCCACCUAUGCAAAAGCUCAUUGUCUCUCUGCUUGUCCUUCUCCACUCACAGCCCAGCUGAAGGUGGUGGGACCAGGCCGCCCUCUCGGUGCCACCGUGGGGGAAGAGGUUGUGCUGCCCUGUCAGCUCUCCCCUACCUUGAAUGCUCAGACCAUGACUGUCAGGUGGAUCCGCCAUCGCAUAUCUGAAACGGUGCAUCUCUACCAAGGUGGAGAGGACCUGUAUUUGGAGCAGAUGAGAGAAUAUCGAGGGAGGACAGAUUUGUCCCCUGAUGGCCUCACCAGAGGAAAACUGGACCUGCUAAUUGCCAAUGUGGGACCCUCUGAUGACGGACUGUAUGUCUGCACUGUUCAAGAUGAUGCCAGUUAUGCAGAAACGGCAAUGGAACUGGAGGUGUCAGCCAUAGGCUCUUCUCCCCUUGUCUCACUGGAGGGCUACCAGGAUGGAGGAAUCCGGGUGGCGUGUCGCUCGUCCGGCUGGUUCCCAGAGCCCGACGUGUUGUGGAAGGAUCCCCGUGGACAGCGGUUGUCCUCAGUGUCUCAGACACAGUCCCGUGAUGAGAAGGGCCUCUUUGGAAUAGAGCACAGCAUCACCGUGAGAGGGGAGGUAGACGGGAGCUUGUCCUGCGUGGUGAGGAACAGUCGCCUUGGACAAGAGGAGUCGUCAUCUCUGCAUAUAUCAGCUCCCUUCUUCCAUGAUGCCCAUCCCUGGAAGGUGGCUCUGGCACUGAUGCUGGUGACUCUCUUAAUCCUGAUACUUGGUUUAAGUGUCUACGCUGUUCGCCUGUUGAAGAAGAGAGAGAAACGGUACAGAAACAGUCUGGUGGAAAACGAAAAGGACCUGGAGGAGAAGACUGCAGAGCUGGAGGAGGUUUUCCUGGAUCCAGACACAGCUCAUCCACAGCUCGUACUGUCCCAGGAUUGCAGAAGUGUGAGAUGGACCGAAACAUGGCGGAACCUUCCAUACAGAUCCAAGAGAUUCGAACAUUUGUGCUGUGUGCUGGGCCGGGAGGGAUUCAGUGAGGGGAGACACUGCUGGGAGGUGGAGGGAGAGGUGGGCGAUGAGACGUGCUGGGCCGUGGGGGUGGCCAAAGAGGCCUUGAAGAGGGAUGCAAUCGCUUAUGCCCCUGCCAAGCAAGGGAUCUGCGGUGUCCAGCAACAGAAUGGAAAGUUCGAGGCUCUCACAGCCUCUCACAACCCCUUGUCCUUGUCUCCAGUUCCCAAGAGGAUCUGGGUAGUUCUGGACUGCACACUAAAGCAG